CGCACUUUGACCUCUCCAAGCAUGGGGAAGAGAAAGACGACUAGCGCAGAAGGCGAAGGAGUCCCGCGCAAGAAGCACAAGAAAAACAAGCACAAGAAGAAGGGGAGGAUACGUGAGGAAGAAAGCAGUAGAGUGGUAGAGGCGGGGCCGGGGGUGCGGCCACUGACUCUCAAGAUAAAACUGGGCAAGAAACCAGUGGAAAGUGAGGAGGAUGAGGAGGGGGUGAGCAGUGUUGGGGACACAGCCGCAGCUGAUCAGACCUGGCCUGAGGAUCAUGAACCUGUUGAAGAUGCCGCUGCAGAAGAAGGGGGAAGUGAAGGGGAAGAGGAGGCGUGGCUUGUUGCCAUGGAGAAAGGGCAGCUGGACGAGACAGGCUAUGUUCCUCAGAGACCAGGGACUUCCCUCACAACUCGGCAGAGAGCAAUGCUGGGAUCUACAGAUGAGCAGUUGCUGGAACUUCCACUGGGGAAGGCCAGGCAGGAGAUGACUGAGGAGAUGAUUCUCAAGAAGACUGAGAAAAACAGAAAGAGGAGGCAGGCAGCUCAGAGGAGAAAGGAGAAGAGAAAGGUAGAGACAGUGCGGAAGCUGUUGGAAAAGCAGACGAAGAAAAAGGACGAGGUCAAAGCCGCAGACAAGACAGUGACUGCAGCAUUCCUUCACUACGUCAGGUCAUCUGACAACUCCUCCAUCUCCCUGGCCCCAGGCAUCAACUACCCUCUUCCUCCACAAACAGCUACACUACCUCCAGUGCCCCAGCAGUGUGCAGUGCCUGGAUGCAGUGGUCGUCGUAGAUACUGUGACUCUGCCUCAGGGCUCCCUCUCUGCAGCCUCGCCUGCUACAAGACUCUUCACUCUCACACCAACACUAAUUCAAUCAACAAAAUUUAACCCUCUUGGCACCGCUGGCAUAUUAUUUGAUACAUACC